AUGACAAGAAUUUUGACAGCUUGCAAAGUGGUGAAGGCUCUGAAAGGCAGAUUGGAGUUUUGCAAUGUGUCUGCUGAUCACUGGAGUUUCUCAAGGACCGGUACCAGGCUGUUGAGCAUCAAGGCCCAGACAGCAAACUUGGUGCUGGAAGAUGGGACGAAGAUGAAGGGUUAUUCUUUUGGCUAUCCAUCCUCCACAGCAGGGGAAGUCGUAUUCAACACUGGUCUUCCUGGAUACACCGAGACCUUAACAGAUCCCAGCUACAAAGGACAGAUUCUGACACUGGCAAACCCCAUAGUUGGGAAUGGUGGAGUGCCUGACACGGCUGCUUUGGAUGAAUUUGACCUCAGGAGGUUUCUGGAGUCUGACAGGAUACAGGUUUCAGGUUUGCUGGUGCUGGAUUACAGCAAUGAGUACAGCCACUGGCAGGCUGCUAAGAGCAUGGGAGACUGGCUGCAGGAAGAAAAGGUGCCUGCACUGUAUGGGAUUGAUACAAGAAUGCUGUCCAAAUUGAUUCGUGACAAGGGCACGUUACUUGGAAAGAUUGAAUUUGAAGGUCAACCCGUGGAGUUUGCAGACCCAAAUAAAGAAAACUUAAUUGCUGAAGUUUCAACAAAGGAAGUCAAGGUUUAUGGCAGAGGGAAUCCAAUUAAAGUCGUAGCAGUUGACUGUGGUUUGAAGCACAAUGUUAUCCGUCUGCUGGUUAAGCGAGGUGCAGAAGUGCAUUUGGUUCCAUGGGACUAUGAUUUUACCAGCAUGGAGUAUGAUGGGCUCAUAAUUUCUGGAGGUCCAGGGGAUCCCAUGAAAGCCCAGGAGGUGAUUCAGAAUGUCAGAAAGGUCCUGGAGAGCAAUCGCCCAGAGCCUUUGUUUGGAAUUAGCAUGGGGAAUCUCAUCACUGGAAUUGCAGCUGGAGCUACUUCCUACAAGAUGCAGAUGGCCAACAGAGGACAGAACCAACCAGUUCUGAAUGCAGUGAAUGGACAGGCUGUCAUCACUGCUCAGAACCAUGGCUAUGCCAUUGACAGCUCUACCCUCCCACCCAGCUGGAAACCUCUCUUUGUGAAUGCCAAUGAUCAAACGAAUGAGGGAAUCAUGCAUGAGACCAGACCAAUUUUCACAGCCCAGUUCUACCCAGAUGCAAAUCCUGGGCCAAGAGACACAGAGUUCCUGUUUGAUUCAUUUAUUUCACUGAUAAAGGGAGAGAAAGGCACUACCAUUUCCUCUGUCCUGCCCAAGGCUGGAGCAACAACUUCCAAGAUGGACGUCUCCAAGGUUCUGAUUCUAGGGUCUGGAGGUCUGUCAAUUGGUCAGGCAGGGGAAUUUGAUUACUCUGGAUCCCAAGCUGUGAAAGCCAUGAAGGAAGAAAAUGUGAAAACUGUCCUCAUGAACCCCAAUAUUGCUUCAGUGCAGACCAACGAGAGUGGUUUAAAGCAGGCUGAUGCUGUCUACUUCCUCCCCAUCACUCCACAGUUUGUCACAGAGGUCAUCAAAGCGGAGCGUCCUGAUGGAUUAAUUCUGGGCAUGGGUGGCCAAACUGCUCUCAACUGUGGAGUUGAACUCUUCAAGCAAGGAGUCCUACAGGAGUAUGGUGUGAAGGUCCUAGGUACAUCAGUUGAAUCCAUCAUGGCUACAGAGGAUAGAAAGCUCUUUUCUGAUAAGCUGACUGAGCUAAAUGAAAAGAUUGCUCCAAGCUUUGCAGUGGAAUCGAUUGAAGAUGCUCUGAAGGCAGCUGAAAAGAUUAACUACCCAGUCAUGAUACGUUCUGCUUAUGCCCUUGGUGGUCUGGGGUCAGGCAUAUGCCCUGAUGAGGAAAGUUUGCUGGACCUUGGUACAAAGGCAUUUGCAAUGACUAAACAAAUACUUGUGGAAAAGUCAGUUGUUGGCUGGAAGGAGAUAGAAUAUGAAGUUGUGAGAGAUGCUGCUGAUAACUGUAUUGCUAUCUGCAAUAUGGAAAACAUUGAUGCUAUGGGAGUCCACACAGGAGAUUCUUUUGUGGUGGCUCCAAGCCAGACACUCACUAAUGAGGAAUUUCAGAUGCUGAGGGAUCGUGCCAUCAAAGUUGUCAGACAUCUGGGCAUCGUGGGAGAGUGUAAUAUCCAGUUUGCUCUGCAUCCAACUUCCCUGGACUACUACAUCAUUGAAGUUAAUGCCAGACUCUCUAGAAGUUCAGCUUUGGCCUCCAAGGCAACAGGGUAUCCAUUAGCAUUCAUUGCUGCCAAAAUUGCCUUGGGGAUCACCUUGCCAGAAAUCAAGAACGUGGUGACAGGAAAAACCUCUGCCUGCUUUGAGCCCAGCCUGGAUUACGUUGUUACCAAGAUACCCCGCUGGGACUUGGAUCGUUUUCAGCACACUUCCAGCCGGAUUGGAAGCUCCAUGAAGAGUGUGGGAGAGGUCAUGGCUAUUGGGCGCACUUUUGAAGAGAGCUUCCAAAAAGCCCUGAGAAUGUGCCACCCCUCUGUAGAUGGCCUCACUUCACAUCUGCCCAUGAAUAAAUCCUGGCCAGCCAUCAUAGAUCUCCAGAAGGAACUUUCUGAGCCAUCCAGCACUCGGAUAUAUGCAAUAGCCAAGGCCUUGGAGAACAAAGUGCCUGUGGAUGUCAUUCACAAAUUCACAGCCAUUGACAAAUGGUUCCUGUAUAAGAUGUGCAACAUUGUGAACAUGAGGAGGAUCCUUAAGGAACACAACAGUGAAACAGUUCCAGAAGAGACACUGAGGAGAGCCAAACAGAUCGGGUUCUCAGACAAACAGAUUGGGAAAUGCCUGGGGCUGACUGAAGUCCAGUGCCAUCAGCUGAGACUGAGGAAGAAUAUAGUGCCCUGGGUGAAACAGAUUGACACCCUGGCAGCAGAAUACCCAGCAGUAACUAAUUACCUCUACAUCACAUACAAUGGGCAGGAACAUGAUGUAAAAUUUUAUGACUGUGGAGUGAUGGUGUUGGGCUGUGGACCCUAUCACAUAGGCAGCAGUGUGGAGUUUGAUUGGUGUGCUGUCUCCAGCAUCCGCACGCUGCGUCAGCUUGGCAACAAGACCGUCGUCGUGAAUUGCAACCCGGAGACGGUGAGCACAGAUUUUGAUGAGUGUGACAGACUGUACUUUGAGGAGCUGUCGUUGGAAAGGAUCCUGGACAUCUACCAAUAUGAGGGAUGCAGUGGUUGCAUUAUUUCUGUAGGUGGGCAGAUUCCUAAUAACCUGGCAGUGCCACUGCACCAGAGUGGAGUGAAGAUCCUUGGCACAAAUCCUCUGCAGAUCGAUCGGGCAGAAGAUCGCUCUGUGUUCUCAGCUGUUCUGGAUGAGCUGCAUGUGGCCCAGGCUCCCUGGAAAGCAGUCAGCAAACUGAGAGAUGCAGUUGAAUUUGCAAGCUCUGUGGGUUACCCAUGCUUGCUGAGGCCUUCCUAUGUUCUGAGUGGGUCUGCAAUGAAUGUAGUUUUCACUGAAGAGGAAAUGAAGAAGUUCUUAGCAGAAGCCACCAGAGUCUCUCAGGAUCACCCUGUGGUACUCACUAAAUUUAUUGAAGAUGCCCGUGAAGUGGAGAUGGAUGCUGUAGCAAAGGCAGGAAGUGUUAUCUCACAUGCUAUUUCAGAGCAUGUGGAGAAUGCAGGUGUUCACUCUGGAGAUGCCACCCUCAUGUUACCCACACAAACUAUUAGCCAGGGAGCCUUGGAAAAGGUUAAGGCUACUACAAAAAAGAUUGCAAGUGCCUUUGCUAUCUCUGGUCCAUUCAACAUCCAGUUCUUGGUGCGAGGCAAUGAUGUGCUGGUGAUUGAGUGCAACCUGCGAGCUUCCCGCUCCUUCCCUUUUGUGUCGAAGACUCUGGGUGUGGACUUCAUUGAUGUGGCCACAAAAGUGAUGAUUGGAGAAGAGGUUAAUGAAUCAUCCCUCCCCACCCUGGAACAUCCCAUUAUUCCCUCCAACUAUGUUGGAAUUAAGGCCCCAAUGUUUUCAUGGUCCCGACUGAGUGAUGCUGACCCCGUUCUCCGAUGUGAAAUGGCCUCUACUGGGGAGGUUGCUGGCUUUGGGGAUGAUGUGUCCUCUGCCUUCCAGAAGGCCAUGCUUGCCACAGGGUUUACGUUUCCUAAGGAAGGAAUUUUGAUCAGUAUCCAGAAAUCCUUCCGCUCCAGAUUCCUCAGGGUAGCAGAACUACUGCAUGAGGAAGGUUUCAAGCUUUAUGCCACAGAAGCAACCUCAGACUGGCUCAAUGCCAAUGGUAUCCCAGCAAAUCCUGUGGCAUGGCCAUCACAGGAGAGCCAGAAUCUCAGCCUCCCUUCAGUCAGGAGCCUGGUAAGGGAUGGGAAAAUAGAUCUGGUGAUUAACUUGCCUAACAGCAGCAGCAAGUUUGUCCAUGAUAAUUACGUGAUCCGGCGGAUGGCUAUUGACAGCAGCAUUGCUCUGCUCACUGAUUUCCAGGUGACAAAGCUUUUUGCUGAAGCUGUCAAAUACUCUGGGAAAUUGGACUCCAGGAGUCUCUUCCACUACAGACGAUUUGACACUGGGAACACUGCAUAG